UUUCUAUAGUCAGUCAUCGUUUAAUUUUGGUCGCGUUAUGUGUGUGCGCGGGUGAAAAAUAAAUAAUAAAGAUUUAGAAGCGACGUAAAUUGACAGCAACAAAACAAUAGCAUCACCUGUGUACGUCUAAGAUUGCGUAAAAUUCAUACGGAAAUUCGACAUCAUAAACUUUCACAAUGAAGCUGUAUGCAGCAGCAACAGUUGCGCUUUUGUUGGCCACAAUCCAAACGACGCCAGCAGCUGCCGAUGAACAGGAGAACACAGACAGCAUACCAGAUACAAAUACAGAUGAGGCGAUCACCGAGCCUCCCAUUAAGUUGGUCCAUGUGCUGAAUCCCGGAGAGCGAGAGUAUCUGUCGCCAAAUUUGAUUGGCGUACAGAAUAUUGCGAUGACAUUUUUGCCACUAUCGAUGAACUUUGUCAAUAUCAUCGAUGCCUAUCGGGAGAUUGUGAAUGGAGUGCAAUAUGAGAUACUAUUAAAUGCAGUCGAUACAAAGGCCAAGGAUGCGGAUACAAUUUGUCGACUGGUUAUAUUAGAGAAGCCCUGGUUGACCACACAGUGGGGUGACAAACAACGCGAACUGGUCAACUCCAAUUGUAGUGAUGUGGCCGACAAUGCCCUGUCUCCUGAGUCUGAAGAACGUUCCAAGGCCCUCAAUGACAAAUAUUUGUCUCGCAGCGCACGAGGACUCAACGAUGUGCCUUUGGGUGGCACCAAGCCCUUCGAUGAGAAGCAGGCCGAGCAGCAAUUGCAGACCACGCUGGACAAGCUCACAGCUGGCGAGGGACCACAUUACAGAAUCGAAAAAGUCUACUCAGCAUCGCGUCGGGUUGUGUCGGGCACAUUGACGCGCAUUGAUGCGGAUCUUAUUAAUGAGAAUGAUGAGCAGCAUCGCUGUAUUGUGGAGAUCUGGGCGCAGCCGUGGCUAGAUAAGGGCCAUGACGUUACCUUCAAGUGUCGCAAUCAGUCGCCGAUUCAUGUACGUCACAGUCGCUCCGUGGAGUGGGCUGAAAAGAAGACACACAAGAAGCACAAUCAUCACUCGCUCAACAAGAUCGAGCACUUGUUCCACAAGUUUCAGAUCAAAUACAAGCGUCGUUAUGCCAACAGCGUUGAGCAUCAGAUGCGUCUGCGCAUCUUCCGACAGAAUCUGAGAACCAUCGAAGAGCUGAACUCCAAUGAGAGGGGCAGUGCCAAGUAUGGCAUCACCGAAUUCGCCGACAUGACCAGCACGGAGUACAAACAGCGUGCAGGACUCUGGCAACGCAGUGAGGAUAAGCCCACAGGUGGUGCACCUGCUGUAGUGCCUGCCUAUGCCGGUGAUCUGCCCAAGGAAUUCGAUUGGCGUCAAAAGAAUGCUGUCACACAUGUUAAGAAUCAGGGAAGUUGCGGCUCCUGUUGGGCCUUCAGCGUUACGGGCAACAUUGAGGGCUUGUAUGCUAUCAAAACUGGCGAUCUGCAGGAGUUCUCCGAACAGGAGCUUCUCGAUUGCGAUUCCAAAGACAGUGCCUGCAAUGGUGGACUCAUGGACAAUGCUUACAAAGCCAUCGAGGACAUUGGAGGUCUGGAAUACGAAUCAGAGUAUCCGUACGAGGCCAAGAAGAAGGCGUGCCAUUUCAACAAGACCAUGGCUCAUGUGCAAGUCUCUGGAUUCGUUGAUCUGCCCAAGGGCAAUGAGACGGCCAUGCAGGAAUGGUUAGUCAGCAAUGGUCCAAUAUCAAUUGGUCUCAAUGCCAAUGCCAUGCAGUUCUAUCGUGGCGGUGUCUCGCAUCCCUGGGCUCCAUUGUGCUCCAAAAAGAAUCUCGAUCAUGGUGUGCUGAUUGUUGGCUAUGGCGUUUCCGAUUAUCCCAAUUUCCACAAGACACUGCCCUAUUGGAUAGUGAAGAACUCUUGGGGACCACGCUGGGGAGAACAAGGAUAUUACCGUGUUUAUCGUGGUGACAAUACGUGCGGCGUUAGUGAGAUGGCCACAUCAGCGGUGUUGGCCUAAACAAAUUCGCCAACCAAACAACCAAUCUAUAUAUAUAUAUAUUAUUGUAUCUAUGUUAAUGUUUGACAGCACAAAAUAAUUUUGGCUUGCAUUUUGUGUGUGCGUGUGUAUUAUUUAAGUUCUGAUGACACGACGAUAACAUUAAGUUAAUGGAACUAUUGUUCCGUGAUCCGAGUACGAGUCCCACAACAACGUAAUGUAAUCAUCUCAUGUACACCCUGUAAUCCAUUAGCAGCAUCAUACACAACACAGUAUAUAAACAGCGCAGCAUAUAUUGAAAUUAAUAUUAAUAAAUUGUAAAGAGACAAAUUUCAAGUAUCAAAUUUAAA